GAUAUUUAUUUCAUUCUUAUAUCUGAAGGAAAAUUGUACUAACUUUUUCAUCAAAAUUACGAAUUGAAAUAAUAGAAAAAAUAUAUAUUUUAAGCAAUAUGGAGAGCUGCAAGCUAGAAGACUACUUUAGUAAGGAAGAUGGACAGAAAAUGAUCACGGCACAGGAAUGCCUGCAGAUGAAACGAGACAUGGAAGCCGAGAAUCAAUCUGAUUUCGAGGCUAGUCCCUUGGCCCUCUGCAUGAUGAUAACCCUUCUUCUUUUCGGGAUUGGCCUCUGGAUUUGGUUAAUCUCCUGGGGCUGUUUCUUCGGGGAAAAAUUGGAGAACAUUUUGCUUAAGGAAAAGAAAAAGGAAGAGAAAAUAGAAGAGAAGAAGGAAAAGAAAAUGCGGGACACAAUAGAAGAGAAAAAGGAUGGCAAAAGGGUCAGACUUAUGGGAGGUAAAAUGAACAGGCCCAACUAUAAGGAAGUUUCCUUUUCGAACAGCUCCAAUAACGACAUCUCUGAGCUUAGCAUUCGAUCGCGGAUCUUAAGAAACUGUAACCCGAUUAACUAUAAUUACAUCUCACAUCCGGGUUUAUCUCGAGAAGAACGCCAAACUUCAUCCCAAACCCAAACGGUUGAGGCUCCGACAACCUACAGCACCACUGCCUCCAGCUUGGCAAAGGAGAGCUCCAAAUCCCCCAAAAAAUACAAGAUACAAUGGACCAAACUCCUGAAGCUGGGUCGCCGUGAAGACUCCGAAAACUAAAACUAAAAGAUGAUGCCUGGAAUAUUUUUAUUGAUUAUAAAAAUAUUAAAUUAAGUAAUUAUAAAUAUUAAACAUGAUUGCCUUUGAAAAUGGAAUAAAUGUAAACAACAUCUUAA